AUGGGCUCUUGCUUCUCCGUGGCAGCAACAGAAUCGACCGUCGACAGCCAAUCAACAUCAAAGGUGGUAACCGCCAAUGGCUGUUUAAAAGAGUACUCUACUCCUGUUAGUGUGCGCCAAGUGCUAGGCUCAGACACUGUAUCUUGUUUUCUCUGCAACGCUGAUAGUUUAAAUUACAAUGAAAACAUUUCAGCUCUAGAUCUCACUGAAAUGGUUCAGCUAGGCCAAUUGUAUUUCAUAUUGCCAAUAGAGAAGCUCAGAUCUACUCUAUCCAGUGAGGAUAUGGCCACAUUAGCAGUUAAGGAUAGUUUGGUAAUUUCGAGCCCAACGAAAAGUCGGCAGAGAGUAAAUUCAAUAUUUCAGGUUAUGCCUAUGACUGAGGAUGAUGAGCUUGAGGAUUACAAGAGAAUUAAUGAGUUCAGUGUUAGUAAUUUGAGUGCAAAGGUUGCCAGGAAAAAGAUGGGAAGUUCUGUACCCUUAAAUUUGUUUAGAGAGAGGCUGAGCACCAUUGUAGAAGUCUCAAGGUUUUGA